AAGUAAACUAUUACUUAAAUAAUAAAAAAAUAAGAGCCAUCGUGACUUCGAGAGAAGAAGCCAGCAAGGAACGAUGGAGAUUAUUACGGCAUCAUCAUCAUCAUCAUCAUCAUUGUAAUUCGUAAUCAUAUCUUCUUUUGGAAUUUCUUCACGGAUAAGAAAAAAGGAUAUCGACAAUUUCGCUUUUGCUUUCAAAAUCUCAUUCUAUCACUUUGUGCCUUUUUUAGCCAUCGCGAAAAACCUCUGAAUCGCAUCCCUUGAUUUUCUGGGUUUGUGACUUUGUGUAGUGGAAAUUAGGCUUGUUGUUUGAUUUCGCUACGAGAAAAUGGACAAGUACGAGCUUGUUAAAGACAUCGGUGCUGGGAAUUUUGGAGUGGCGAGGCUCAUGAGAGUCAAAAACUCCAAGGAACUCGUUGCUAUGAAGUACAUCGAGCGUGGACCUAAGAUUGAUGAGAACGUGGCGAGAGAGAUUAUUAACCACAGAUCACUUCGUCAUCCCAAUAUUAUCCGGUUUAAGGAGGUGGUUUUGACACCAACGCACAUCGCCAUUGCUAUGGAAUAUGCUGCUGGCGGUGAGCUAUUUGAGCGUAUAUGUAGCGCUGGAAGAUUCAGUGAGGAUGAGGCAAGAUACUUUUUCCAGCAGCUUAUCUCAGGAGUCAGCUAUUGUCAUGCUAUGCAAAUAUGCCACAGAGAUCUGAAGCUUGAAAAUACCCUCUUAGAUGGAAGUCCUGCUCCACGCCUGAAGAUCUGUGAUUUUGGUUAUUCCAAGUCCUCACUGUUGCACUCUAUGCCCAAAUCAACUGUUGGAACUCCAGCAUAUAUUGCACCUGAGGUUCUUUCUCGCGGAGAGUAUGAUGGCAAGAUGGCUGAUGUAUGGUCUUGUGGUGUGACUCUUUAUGUCAUGCUGGUGGGAGCAUACCCAUUUGAAGACCAAGAGGAUCCCAAAAACUUCAAAAAAACAAUACAAAGAAUAAUGGCUGUCAAGUACAAGAUCCCGGACUAUGUCCAUAUCUCACAAGAUUGCAAACAUCUCCUCUCCCGUAUAUUUGUCACCAACUCGAAUAAGAGGAUUACGAUAGGUGACAUCAAGAAACAUCCAUGGUUCCUAAAGAACCUGCCAAGGGAACUUACAGAAAUAGCUCAAGCUGCAUACUUCAGGAAAGAGAACCCGACAUUCUCACUCCAAAGCGUCGAAGAGAUAAUGAAGAUUGUGGAAGAGGCAAAAACUCCAGCUCGUGUUUCUCGGUCGAUUGGAGCAUUUGGGUGGGGAGGAGGAGAAGAUGCCGAGGGCAAGGAGGAAGAUGCAGAGGAAGAAGUUGAGGAAGUAGAAGAAGAAGAAGACGAAGAAGAUGAGUAUGAUAAGACGGUGAAGCAAGUGCAUGCUAGCAUGGGAGAAGUCCGAGUCAGUUAAAAAAAAAGAUUGAUUUUCUUUUCACGAAAGUAUUCUAAAACCAAAAAAAAAAGAAAAAAAAGUUUUCGUUGGUCUGUCGAAUUUGUCUCUUGCUCUGUGUUGAGUUCUUAUUUUCUUUUCUUGGUCAUAAUUUUUAAGGUUAGUCUCAUAAAUGCUUUGGAAUUUUGCUUCUGAAAAUCUUGUAAAAUCUGCAGUAGAAGAAAGAACAAACUGGUUUGAUGAUAAGUUCGGUUUGGGCGAAUAAAAUAUUUUGUAUAUUAUAUGGUCUAUUUUGCAAAUUACCUCAGAUUUCACCUUGUUUAUUUUGCUAAUUAAUUUUCAUAUACAAACAGAGC